AUGGAGGUGUUUAGAGAGGGACAUGAAGGUGUACGAUGGCUAGUUAUGGGAGACGAUGAUUCAAUAUUUUUCGUUGAUAAUAUGGUUGAUAUUCUUGCACAUUAUGAUCAUACGAAAUAUUAUUAUUUUGGAGGACAUUCUGAAUUUAUAUUAUCAAAUUAUUGGUACUCAUUUAAUCAAGGUUUUGGUGGUGCUGGAUUUAUAUUGAGUUAUCCUUUGGCUAAAGCAUUGGCAAGAGAUAUGAUGUCUUGCUUAAAGAGAUAUGCUUACUUGAAUGCUGCUGAUAGAACAACAAUGACUUGUAUUGCUGAUAUUGGUGUCAAUCUAUCUCCUCUUCAAGGCAUUCAUCAGAUUGAUCUACGUGGUGAUUUAUCAGGGUUUCUAUCAUCUCAUCCAAAAUCUUUACUAAUGUCUCUUCACCAUUUUGACAUGGUUGACCCAAUAUUUCCCUUUAUGGAUCGUGCACAAUCAAUAUUCCACCUUCAAAAUGCAGCAAAAUAUGAUCAAUCACGCAUGUUACAGCAAACUAUAUGCCACCAUAGGUCUAAAAGUUGGACAUUUUCAGUUUCAUGGGGAUACUCAGUUCAUAUUUAUGAGAAAAUUAUGCCUAGAAGUUGGAUACAAAGACCAAUUGAAACAUUUAAACCAUGGCAAAAUAGUCCUAAUCCACCACGUUAUAUGUUUGAUGUUAGAAGUACUUCGCGGGAUCCUUGUGAAGCUCCUCAUAUUUUUUUCUUUAAGUCCGUUGAAAAAACACCAAAAAAUGAAAUUGUUACAACAUAUUCAAGAGCAUGGCCUCGAGGGAUUGGAAAUUGUUCAUUUACUGGAAAUUAUUCUGCUGAGUAUGUAUCAGAAAUUCAUGUUUAUUCACCAUCAACAAAACGUAUUCAGAUUGAUAGAUGUGAAUGUUGUGACAUUGUUCACAAGGAUGGAUCCAAUAAAGCCGAGAUCAAGUAUAGGGAGUGCAAGGAAGAUGAGAUAAUAGCUUGA